AUGGCGCAAAAAUUUGGCGGUACCGUGACCUCCGAGCUUAUCGACACUCCAAAUCGGGUCAAGGGGGCUUUAACCAAUUAUGCUCUUAAAGCUUCUUGGCAGGCUAUUGUUUCAGUAACUAAGUUAUUAAAGAUUCAAAUGUCUUUUUAUCCUCUUCUAGCUCAGCUUUUCUAG